AUGGCCGUCUCCGCUACUGCCUUCCAGCGCAAGUUCCUUUUGGAACGCGUGACUGUCGACAGACCAGGAUCAAGCCCGUGUUUGAGCUCGUCCACGUCAGCAACCCCUCUCCGACGAGCAUCGCCCGUUGCGCAGGUCCCCUCGCCUUCCGCCAACUCCGCGUCGUCCGCGGGUUCGCCGCUCGCAGCCAGCUCCGCGCAUCCCGCGACGGUAUCCGCGCCGUCGCCGCGCAUCACCCUGCAUUCCGGUCUCGCGAGCUCAUCGCAACAUCACGUGAAUGGCUCAGCCGUCGGUUCUUCGGCGCGCUUCUCUGCGUCUUCCGCCUCCCCCUCUUCCGCCUGCGCCACUGAACUGGCGGACGACCUCUUCACCGCCGCGACUACUCGAGCAGCAGCGGCGGAAGCCCUUGCGCUCGCGCGCGCAGCGCUAGCCGUUGCGAAGGAAGCCGCGGAGCUGUCGUUAUCGGAGGAGGCGAUGGGCCUUUAUGACGACGACGAUGACGACGAAUACGGGUUACCACAGGAGAGCUCGUUAAGUUCGCCGUUAUUAGGCUGGGGGGAGGUAGAGGAGGAGGGAGCCGACGAGAUUAUGAACAGUGAUCAGCUGCAUCAUAUGUGGCUCUUAGCCGUCGAUAAGGUCACGCAUUUAGAGUCGUAUCGCGGCGCGGAAGACAGUCUAAGCUCAGAACUCCCCUUACCUUCCGCCUCCGCUUCUCCCUCUCCCUCACCGCCUGCCCCAGUCCAGCCGUCCCCGGUCGAACCUUCCCCCUUUCAACCGUUCUCAACCCAGCCGUACGCCCGGCUUCCACAUGACUAUCUUCCCCAGGAACCUCCGCACCCGGAUGACCGUAUCUUAUCUGCGGUAGAUCGGACGGCCCAGGGUAGGUCGCCAAGGGCAAGUCUUAACGAUCAGCCGCACGCCGUCAAACGCACCGCGAAGCCGAUUCGCGAAAGGAGGGCGGCGCGACGGGCAGGCGGGGCGCCAGGGGAAGGGAAGGCGGAGGAAGGCAGUUUGGCGCAAGCAGUUGGCGGGGGUGAUGUGAGCGGGGAGGAUGCGCACCCUGCGGAGAUUGUCAUGUGGGCGGAAGACGCCGCGUACCGCGGGCUAGAGCGCGCACUGGAAGACGGCGCGCGGGAAGCCGAGCGGAAGGCGGACCGGGAGGGGGAAGCGGAGCGGAAGCCGAAGCGCGUGGUGGUGCGCUCGCAGAAGAAGGGCAAGCGCCUUGCGGAGCGCGAAAAGUCCCUGCAGCAGCGCCAGGCCGCGUCAGCCGCCGCCGCCGCCGCCACCGCGGCGGCUCCCGCGGGGAGAAGGAAGCCGGCGGCGGAAGGGCCGGCGCUCGCGCUGGGGGAGGAGGAGUCGGAGGCGGAAGAUGCGGUCGUGGCGGAGGGGUACAGGCGGGCGGCGAAUGAAUCGGUUUUCGCGAUGUUCGACACUGCGGGUGGUAACCCUCGGCUGUUGUCAGUCCAGGAGGAAAUCGAUCUCUCCAAGGGCGUUCAGGUGCUGCUGAAGCUGGAGCGCAUGCGGGAGGCGCUAGAGGAAAAGCUGCUCCGCGCGCCGACCCGCGCGGAGUGGGCGCAGGAGGCGGGGCUGUCCGUCGCGGAGGUGCAGGCGCGGGUGGCGUGGGGGAAGGAGUGCAAGCAGCGCAUGAUCGCCUCGAACAUGCGACUUGUGAUUUCCGUUGCGAAGAAAUACACGACGCGCGGGCUGUCGCUGGAGGAGCUUAUAACGGAGGGGUGCAUGGGUCUUAUGAAGGGGGUGGAGAAAUUCGACCACAGCAAGGGCUUUAAGUUCAGCACGUACGCGCAUUGGUGGAUCCGCCAGGCGAUCAGCCGCUCCGUCGCGGAGCAGAGCCGCAUCGUGCGACUGCCGGCGCACAUAUACGAGCUGGUGUCGCGCAUCAACCGCGCCAAGGCCAUGCUGACGGACGCGCUGGGUCGCGCGCCGGCGGAGCGGGAGGUGGCGCAGCUUGUGGGCAUCACGCGGGGCAAGCUGCGCAGCAUCAUGCGCACCGUGCGCGCGCCCACCUCCAUGGACCGCCCUAUUGCCUCGGACGACGGGGACGAGACCCUCGGGGCGUUUGUUGCCGACACGACUCUGGAGAACCCUGAGGACAUGAUCAUGCAGCAGCUGAUGCGCAAGGACCUCGAGAACGCGCUGCACACGCUGACGCCGCGCGAGAGGGAGGUGAUGUGGCACCGGUACGGGCUGGACGACGGGCGCGUGAAGACCCUGGAGGAGCUGGGGUCGCUGUUCCGCGUUACAAGGGAGCGGGUGCGGCAGAUUGAGGGCAAGGCGCUACUGAAGCUGAGGCAGCCGGGGAGGAGCAGCGCACUUAAGAGCUACAUUGAUGGGCAUGCGCUGUAG